AUGUCUGGACAAAAUUCAGCAGUGAAUGCUGAAAAAAGCGAUGCCGAAACAUCUCCAAAAGUAGAGGCUGCUUCAGUCAAUCAAGCUGUGAAACCACAGAAUGAUGUAAAAGAAGAAAUUAAUGAGACAAACGAGGAAGAUCAAAGGCGCAAAGAGCCAGAAAGUGUUGGCAAUACAGCAAAAACAGAAGAAUCAAGUAACGACGCCACUAGGGAAACACAAGUGCCCGAGGGAACCGAAGAUACCAAUGACAGUUCCACUAGCGAUGAAGGUGAGGAUGAAGAUGAAGAGUCUGAUGAAGACGACGAGGAUGAGGAUGAAGACGAAAAUGAUGAAGACGCGGAUAGCAAUAGUUCUGAAACUAGUUCCGAAGACGGGGAAGAUUCUGAAUCAGUCUCAGGGGAAAGUGCUGGCAGUAGCUCUGGAGAAGAUGAAGAAUCUGAUGAAAGCGAUGGUAAUACAUCGAAUAGCUCCUCUGGCGAUGAAAGCGGGUCGGAAGUGGAGGAGGAGGAGGAGGAGGAGGAAGAGAAUAUUGACGAAGCAGUUAUCGCUCAUCAGGAUAGUGUUCCCACCAACAAUUCUACUGCCCCAAGGUCUACCCAUACAAGAAAUAUUUCUCUAUCUUCAAGUGGUUCGAACACAAACUCAACCAUAAUUUUAGUGAAAACUACGUUGGAGACUAUUCUAAAUGAUAAGGACAUUAAAAAGAAUUCGAACGCUCAAAAGGCUAUCGAAAGGACAUUACAAAAAUUUAAGGAAUUCGAUCCGCAAACCACGAAUAACCCACAUUACGUGGAUUCAAUACUGGUAUUCGAAGCAUUGAGGGCAAGUUGUCGUACUAAGUCUUCCAAAGUUCAAAGUUUGGCUUUGGAUUGUCUGUCAAAACUGUUUUCUUUUAGAUCCCUAGACGAGACCCUGCUAGUGAACCCCCCCGACUCUUUGGCCUCUAACGAUCAACAACAAGAUGCAGCCGAUGGUAUAACACCGCCUCCAAAGCAAAAAAUUAUAGACGCUGCAAUUGAUACCAUUUCGGACUGUUUCCAAGGUGAAGGCACUGACGACCGUGUUGAACUACAAAUCGUUAGAGCUUUAUCUAGUUGUAUUUUAGAAGAGGAUUCAAGUUCUUUGUGCCAUGGUGCUUCCUUAUUAAAGGCUAUCAGAACAAUCUACAACGUUUUUGUCUUUUCGUUGAAUGCAUCUAACCAAGGUAUUGCUCAAGCCACGUUAACGCAAAUUAUUAGUUCAGUGUAUGAUAAAAUCGAUCUCAAACAAACAGCCUCUUCAACAGUGUCUUUAUUGACAAAAAACCAUCAACAGCAGUCUGCUACAGAACUUUCCGAAUUUUCUGAAAAUGUGGAAACGCCGGCUCCCUUAACUUUAGAAAAUAUGGAUAAGUUAAAUGACGAUGAGGAAAGACUGAUGGAUGCUCAACAACCUGAUUCUAAUGCUAUCACUAACCAAGAUUUAGCUGUUAAGGAUGCGUUCUUAGUGUUCAGAGUCAUGGCGAAAAUAUGCGCUAAACCCUUAGAAACAGAACUUGACAUGAGAUCACAUGCCGUUAGGUCAAAACUUUUAUCUCUUCACAUCAUCUACUCUAUUAUCAAAGAUCAUAUUGACGUAUUCCUUUCCCAUAAUAUUUUCCUGCCAGGAAAGGAGCGUGUCUGUUUUAUCGAUUCAAUUAGACAAUAUUUACGUCUUGUUUUAUCAAGGAAUGCUGCCUCGCCCUUAGCCCCAGUUUUCGAAGUUACUUUAGAAAUUAUGUGGUUACUAAUUGCUAAUUUAAGAGCAGAUUUCGUAAAAGAGAUUCCAGUCUUCCUAACAGAAAUUUACUUCCCCAUUUCAGAACUAACCACUUCCACCUCUCAACAAAAGAGAUACUUUUUGAGUGUUAUUCAACGAAUUUGUAACGACCCAAGAACUCUAGUUGAAUUUUACUUGAAUUAUGAUUGCAAUCCUGGAAUGCCAAAUGUCAUGGAGAUAACAGUUGAUUAUUUAACAAGAUUGGCUUUAACUAGGGUGGAAAUCACUCAAACUCAAAGAUCAUACUACGAUGACCAAAUAUCAAAAUCCCUGUCCACCUACAAUUUCUCGCAAUUGCCCCUUUUGACUUCUUCCAACUUGUCUUCUAGUCCUGAUGUUGGCCAGGUCAAUUUACUUUUCCCACUUGAUUUUGCUCUCAAAAUGGUGUCACUAAAUUGCAUUGUGUCAGUUCUGCGUUCCUUGAGUUCAUGGGCUCACAAAGCUUUAAAUCCAAAUCCACAUAAUUCUAAUAAGGUAUCACUAAACACAACAUCCUCAGGUCCUCAAGAAUCUAGAUCAUCUUUGAGUAACGAGGUAAGGUCUUCUAUUAUGACCAGUAAUGACGAUUUCAAGCCGACAUAUGAAGACGAGGAAAGCAGAUCAUUGAGCAGUCAAAAUAUCGAUGCAGAUGACCCCACACAAUUUGAAAAUUUGAAAUUAAGAAAAACCGCUUUGUCGGAAUGUAUUGCUAUCUUCAACAAUAAGCCAAAAAAAGCCAUCCCAGUACUCAUUCAAAAGGGGUUUUUGAAGGAUGAUUCUCCAACUUCUAUUGCCAAGUGGUUGUUAGAAACGGAAGGCUUGGACAUGGCUGCCGUUGGAGACUAUUUAGGUGAAGGAGACGACAAGAACAUCGCUAUAAUGCACGCAUUUGUUGAUGAAUUUGACUUUACUGGUAUGUCCAUUGUUGACGCAUUAAGGUCAUUCUUACAGAGUUUCAGGUUGCCUGGUGAAGGUCAAAAAAUUGAUAGAUUCAUGCUGAAAUUUGCAGAAAGAUUUGUUGAUCAAAACCCUGGAGUAUUUUCAAAGGCGGAUACCGCAUACGUGCUUUCGUACUCUUUGAUCAUGUUGAACACUGAUCUACAUUCGUCACAAAUCAAAAAUAAGAUGUCCUUACGGGAGUUUUUAGAAAACAAUGAAGGAAUAGACAAUGGAAGAGAUCUACCCAGAGAGUUUUUGGAAGGUUUAUUCAACGAAAUUGCCAACAAUGAAAUCAAAUUGAUUUCAGAACAGCAUCAAGCAAUGCUUUCAGGUGAUACCAAUCUUGUUCAACAACAGCAAUCUGCUUUCAACUUUUUUAAUUCUCGUGACUUGACGAGAGAGGCAUAUAAUCAAGUUUCAAAAGAAAUUUCAUCUAAAACAGAGCUAGUUUUCAAGAAUUUGAAUAAGAAUAAAGGGGCCCCAGAUGUCUAUUAUGCAGCCUCUCACGUUGAACAUGUUAAGUCAAUUUUUGAAACACUAUGGAUGUCCUUUUUAGCAGCAUUAACCCCCCCAUUUAAGGAUUAUGAUGACAUCGACACAACGAAUAAGUGUUUAGAAGGUUUGAAAAUAUCAAUUAAAAUUGCUUCUACUUUUAGAAUCAAUGAUGCUAGAACCUCCUUUGUGGGUGCGUUAGUACAAUUUUGUAACCUUCAAAACCUUGAGGAAAUCAAAGUCAAGAAUGUCAAUGCUAUGGUAAUUCUUCUUGAAGUCGCACUGUCCGAAGGAAAUUACUUGGAAGGAUCAUGGAAGGACAUUUUGCUGGUGGUGUCUCAGAUGGAAAGACUGCAAUUAAUAUCUAAGGGUAUCGAUAGAGACACAGUUCCAGAUGUUGCUCAAGCUCGGGUUGCAAACCCUAGAGUUUCCUACGAAUCAUCAAGAUCUAACAAUACAUCAUUUUUUGAUGUGUGGGGCAAAAAAGCUACUCCCACCGAAUUGGCUCAAGAAAAGCACCACAAUCAAACCCUAUCACCUGAAAUCUCUAAAUUCAUUUCCUCCAGCGAAUUAGUCGUUUUGAUGGACAAUAUAUUUACCAAAAGUUCGGAGUUAUCAGGUAAUGCUAUCGUCGAUUUUAUCAAAGCUUUAACUGCCGUAUCUUUAGAAGAAAUCGAAUCGUCUGAAAACGCUUCCACUCCAAGAAUGUUUUCGUUACAAAAAAUGGUUGAUGUGUGUUACUACAAUAUGGAUCGUAUCAAACUAGAAUGGACGCCACUUUGGGCUGUUAUGGGAAAAGCUUUUAACAAAAUUGCUACAAACUCUAACUUAGCCGUGGUAUUUUUCGCCAUUGAUUCUCUACGUCAAUUGUCCAUGAGAUUUUUAGACAUUGAGGAAUUAUCAGGUUUUGAAUUCCAACACGAUUUUUUGAAACCAUUCGAAUACACAGUGCAAAAUAGUGGUAACACUGAGGUUCAAGAAAUGAUUAUCGAGUGUUUUAGAAACUUCAUACUAACAAAAUCAGAAAGAAUUAAAUCUGGCUGGAAGCCUAUUCUUGAAUCUUUACAAUAUACGGCUCGCUCAAGCACUGAAUCCAUUGUGUUAAAAACACAAUUAUUGGUUAGCAACGAUAUCGUGACGAAUCACUUUGAAAAUGUAUUUUCUCAGGAAGAUGCCUUUUCUGAAUUAGUUGGUGUUUUCAGAGAAAUUACCAAAAAUAAGAGAUUCCAGAAACUAUCUCUACAUGCCUUGGAGUCGCUAAGAAAGAUGACACAGAAUGUUGCAGACAUCUGUUUUUAUAGUGAAAAUAAGACUGAAGAAGAAAGGAAACAUAACAACGCUUUACUUCGUGGAAAAGACAUAUUCCAAGAUGUGUGGUUCCCUAUGUUAUUCUGCUUCAAUGAUACGAUCAUGACAGCUGAAGACUUAGAAGUUAGAUCACGUGCAUUGAACUAUAUGUUCGAUGCUUUAGUGGCAUAUGGUGGUAAAUUCAAUGAUGAUUUCUGGGAGAAGAUUUGCAAGAAAUUGCUAUUUCCUAUCUUCGGUGUAUUGUCCAAACAUUGGGAAGUCAAUCAAUUUAACAGUCAUGAUGAUUUGAGCGUUUGGCUCUCGACCACGUUGAUCCAAGCCUUAAGGAACUUGAUUGCCCUUUUUACACAUUACUUUGAAUCGUUGAAUAAAAUGCUUGAUGGAUUUUUAGGUCUGCUGGUAUCGUGUAUUUGUCAAGAAAAUGACACUAUUGCUAGAAUUGGGAGGUCCUGUCUACAGCAAUUGAUAUUACAAAAUGUAACUAAAUUCAAUGAGUAUCACUGGAAUCAAAUAGGUGAUGUAUUCGAUAAAUUGUUUGAUUUAACGACAGCCAAUGAAUUGUUCGAUUAUGAUCCGUUACAGCAAGGAAGAAAAUCAUCUGUCUCUCAUCACCAAACGACAACUGAUACCAGCCAACACUCCGAUAAUGAGAAUAACGACAGAAGUGAAAAUGAUUCUAAUAUCAGUGAGACAGUAGAAAGAGCGCACCAAGAAGAAUCCAGCGAGGAUGUCGGUGGAGACAUGGUUGAAACGCUCAAUGGGGAAACCAAACUUAACAAUGGCAACUCCAUACCGACGGUGAAAGACGAAUUGAGCUCAAAACCGGCUACUCUAAGUGCUCCCAAGAGAACGAAGCAUAUGAAACGUAGCGAGAAUAACGAAGAUAUACGGAGGAGAAUAAACAUCAAGAAUUCAAUUGUUGUCAAAUGUGUUUUACAACUUUUGAUGAUAGAACUGCUGAACGAAUUAUUUGAAAACGAGGAUUUUGCCCACUGUAUUCCUUACAAGGAAGCCAUUAGAAUUACAAGAUUACUGGAGAAAUCUUAUGAAUUUUCUCGUGAUUUUAAUGAGGACUAUGGAUUGAGGACAAGAUUAGUAGAAGCUCGCGUAGUUGAUAAAAUCCCAAAUCUUUUAAAACAAGAAACAAGUGCUGCUGCAGUUCUCCUUGACAUUAUGUUUCAGUUAUACCUGAACGAUGACGAGAAAAAGGCCGAUCUAAUAACUCGUCUGAUCACCAUUUGCAUUCAGGUCGUCGAGGGUUACGUUUCCUUGGAUGAUAGAACCAUGGAACGUAGUAUUAACGCCUGGCGUUCUGUGAUAGUUGAAAUAUUACAGGGUUACUACGAAUUCGAUGAUGAAGACUUUAGACUGUACUGUCCAGCUAUGUAUGCGUUGGUGAUUCAAAUCUUAGAUAAGAGUGUUCCAACGGAGUUGAGACAUGCUGUUAAACAAUUUUUAAGCAGAGUUGGUGAAUUAUACCUUUCCACUGAUUGA